AUGACUCGAUCUCUAUCUCGUCUUACGACACUUAAAGUAUUCAAUCAACUUAAACAAGAGGAGAAGGGAAAUAUGAACACAAAUUUAAUUGAAUUUACUCAUUUAGCUGCACUAAUAUUACAUAAUAUAUAUGUGGAUUAUGCUAAGCAACUUCUUUGUCGAAGUUGUCUUCCUUGUUUAGUGAAACUCAUCAUUUAUAAUGAUUCAUUAUCAGCCGUAAUUGCUGAUAACAAUCAACAAGCAAGAGAAAAUUGUUCAAAAGUUGCAAGCCUUCAAAUUAUUGAACCAUGGAUCGAGCCAACAAGUGAUCAGUUGAACUUUUUCCCGUCAGUUAUAAAUUUGUAA